GUUCCAUAAACGUAAGCCGACACGACGAGCCAGCUUCACCAGCCCUACCUAUGAACACUCAGCCAAGCCGAGAACCUGGUUUCUCGAGAUCCUAGCUCUAUGUAGGUCCAGUAAUUCCUAAAGAACCUUUGAGGCGGUAAGUGUGGUAAAUGUCUAGGUUGUGGAUGGAAUAUUCGGCACUCUAGCGGCGCAGCCCUACAGAAGCGGCACCAAGAGUGGUUCAAUAUUACAGCUAUCGACCGAUUUUUGAAGAUCAUUCGUAGGCAGCAUAUCAAAUUUUUGAUCAUAUUUAGCAGCCUCAUCUCCUUGUUUUUUCCCAUAUACUUUCAGGAAGCUAAAAGUAAUAUACUACCAUAAUAUUCUCCCACAAUUGAAAGGGGCUGAAUGGACUCAAAACACGACUUUGUCAUUGUUGGCGGCGGCCUAGCUGGUCUAGUCGUCGCCGCGCGCCUUACCGAGGACCCCCAAACCACAGUUAUAGUCCUCGAAGCUGGAAGCGAUAGCACCGUGGACCCCCGAGUUCGCACUCCAGGCCUAUGGCCUUCGCUUCUGGGUUCAGAAGUCGACUGGAACUAUCACAGUGUACCUCAGAAAGGACUUAACGGCAAAGUCGUCGCCUGUUCCCAAGGGAAGUUAUUAGGGGGAUCAAGUGCUAUCAACGGUCAAGCCUUCGUAGCCAACUCGAAGGCGGCGAUUGAUGUUUGGGCUGAAUUUGGCAAUCCGGGGUGGGACUGGGAAACCUUGGCACCCUAUUAUAAGAAAUCACAUACCCUUUCGCGCCCUUCAGCCGCGACAUGCGAUGUCCUACGUCUUGGCUACAUCGAUGAUGCAGUAAGGGGCACCGACGGUCCUAUUCGGGCGUCGUUCCCAGACGGGAUUGACGACCCGUUACCUACCGCUUGGGUGGAUACGAUCGCUGCUCUUGGCUUCCCCGCUUCCGGGGAUCCGUUCUCAGGAGAGUUCACCGGUGGCUAUGUCAACGCCAUGAACAUUGAUCCCAAUUCAAGCAUGCGUAGCGAUGCAGCUUCAGCGUACCUCGAGCCUGCCAAGGGUAGAAAGAAUUUACAUGUCGAAACCGGUGUUCUUGUCGAGAAGAUCGUCUUUGACGAGUCGGGAAGCGUACCGAAGGCAGUUGGCGUGCAAGUUCAAAAGAAUGGGCGCGCUAUCGUGGUAGACGUAAACAAGGAGAUCAUUCUGGCGGCUGGGGCUUUUGGCUCACCUAAGCUACUCGAAUUAUCCGGAAUUGGCUCUCGAGUACGACUUGAGAAACUUGGGAUACCUGUAAUUGUUGAUAAUCCCAAUGUUGGCGAGAACUUACAAGAUCACCCGAACGCAGGGGUUAGUUUUGAAGUGGUGGAUGGUGUCAAGACGAUGGAUGAUUUGGCCCGACAGGUUCCCGAAGCUAUCGCUACCGCAAUGCAGGAUUAUGCAACUAAGAAGACGGGGCCAUUUUCCGUUGGCGGAAACUUCGCUGGUUCAAUGCUACCCGUGGUCGAUUUCGUGGAAGGACCUGAUAGUGAACAGACAUUAAAAGAUGUUCUAGACCUCUCGCAGGAGGUCCCUACGCCAGACUCCUUUUCGUCGCAACACGCUUCAUUCGUCCACUCGUUACUUAGUAAGCGGACGGAGGGCGUAGGUAACGUGUUUACUUUCCCCGCCUACGGUAAUUUCAUCCACGAAGGCGAUGGGACCCAUGUCGUUCACCAGGCUCCUAGCUCAGGCAACUUUUUAACAAUCGUCGCCGCUAUUCUCUUCCCGUUGUCGCGCGGUAGCGUACACAUCGCCUCGGCUAACCCGGCAGACGAACCCAUCAUCGAUCCACGGUAUCUCGAACACCCACUAGACCUCGAUAUUCUCGCUCGAUUCGUCCGCUAUCUUGACACAAUUGUGCAUACUGAGCCGCUUAGUCGUUAUCUCAAACCCAAUGGUCGUCGUGGUUACGGAGCGCCUACGGACUUACGCGACCUAGCGCAAGUGAAAGGAUACGUAGAAAAGGCGGCACUAAGUUGUUAUCAUCCGACGAGCGCGUGCGCUAUGCUACCUCGCGAAAAAGGUGGCGUCGUGGAUCCCAAGUUAGGCGUUUAUGGCGUUGAGGGGCUCCGUGUGGUUGAUUCGAGCAUCAUGCCAAUUGCGACAAGAGGAAAUCCCCAGACAACGGUGUAUGCGGUCGCAGAGCGCGCUGCUGAUUUAAUCAGGGAAAUUCACAAUAUCAAUCUCUAGAGGGUAUAUAUUAAUAUAUAAUAAAGUCAUAAUUUACCUCUAGCUGAUCGAUUGUUAGGUACCUCCCGUCUUUUUUUUAUCCUAGAGGUUACCGCCUCCUUCUAGAUUCUAGAAACCCCUACUUCUAUCAACAUAAAUUCAACA